AUGAAAUUUCCGAGUGAGUAUAAUACGGAGAUUCCAGCCAGACCAAAGACCACAAGUGAAACGAAGGCUGAUCAAUCACCCGUUAUUGAUGAACUAAAGCUUAUAAAUGAACCGGAGCGCACAAUUAAUGUUCCCGAAGCAAAGCACCUCGAGAGGCCGUCUUCUCUCGAAGUACGUCCUGUCUCUGAACAGAUCAGCAUUGACGUAACUUCUCAUGGUUCGAUCUCAUCUCACCCUACUCCAUCCCUUACCAAGGAUGGCUAUGUUGAUUUGAAAUAUUAUCAUAACAAAUUGUGGUAA